UUCGAGCUUCAUCACAGCACGAAACGCAGGAUUUGUGCCUACAGUGGAAAGAAUACUGGGGACCAGCGUUACAAGCUUUGAACUGGAAUUUUAGAGAAGAUUCUGAAUGAAAGCUCGAUUGGCUUUAUUUUCAUCCUGCCAGCUGGGUUUUUUAUUCUAACCUUGAGGUAAAAUGACUUCUCAAUCAGAAAUGGAUCUGUCUUGUCUGAUCUGCUAUGACAUAUUCCAAGACCCUGUUGACCUGGAAUGCAGCCACAGCUUCUGUAAGGACUGUCUGCAGAGAUGGUGGUCCGACAAACAAAUGCACAUGUGCCCGAUAUGUAAGAACCCAUCUUUGUUGAAUGAUCCGCCCUGCAACUUGGUGUUAAAGAACCAGUGUGAGACCUUACAGGAAAGAAAGGGUUUCUUGCUAGAGAGACGUCAAAAAGCUUUAGAGGGAUCUGAACAUCUCUGCAGUCUGCACUCUGAGAAACUCAAACUGUUCUGUCUGGAUCAUCAGCAGCCUGUUUGUGUCGUCUGUCGAGAUUCAAAAUCACACAACAACCACAAAUUUAGACCCAUCGAUGAAGCUGUACAAGAUCACAGAAAGGAGCUGCAGAAAUUCCAGACGCUCUUAGAGGAGAAACUAAAUCUUUUCGAAGAAGUUAAGGGGAAUUUUGAUCUAACAGCACAACACAUUAAGAGCCAAUCUCAACAUACAGAGAAGGAAAUUAAAGAGCAGUUCAACAAGUUUCACCAGUUUCUAAAAGAGGAAGAGAAGGCCAGGAUUGAUGCUCUGAGGAAGGAGGAGGAGCAGAAGACUCAGGUCAUAAAGAUGAAUAUUGUUGAUCUGAGCAGAAAGAUUGCUGCUUUUAAAUAUACAAUCAAAGUCGCAGAGGAAGAGCUGAGAAAUGCACAGAUUUCUUUCCUGCACAACUAUAAGGCUGUAGUGGAAAAAGUGGAGAAAGAUCUCCUGACGAAAGAUCCACAGCCGGUCCCAGGACUUCUGAUCGAUGUGGCCAAACAUCUGGGCAACCUGACCUUUAAUGUGUGGAACAAGAUGAAGGACAUGGUCUCCUACUCUCCUUUGAUUCUGGAUCCAAACACAGCUCAUCCAGAUCUCAUCCUGUCCGAAGAUCUGACCAGUGUGACUUCUGGACAGAAACAGAUAUUUCCUCAUAAUCCAGAGAGGUUUGAACAUUUCCUUUGUGUGCUGGGUUCUGAAGGCUUAAACUCAGCAACUCACAGCUGGGAUGUUGAGGUCAGAAGCGAUCAAUUUUGGAGUCUUGGAGUGAUGAAAGAAUCAGCUAAGAGAAAGGGACAGAUCCAGACUGGAUACUGGGAACUAAGUUUCUUUGAUGGAAAACUCACAGCAGUUUCUCCACCACUUCCAGAUAAAGUUCUCCCAGUGGAGGAGCUCCAGAAGAUCAGAGUUCAGCUGGACUGGGAAAGUGGGAAGCUGUCCUUCUUUGAUCUUGAUAAAGGGACUCUCAUUCAUACUUUCAAACACACAUUUGCUGAGAAGAUGUAUCCUUACAUUUCCACAAAGAAUAAAUUACCCCUAAAGAUAUUACCAAGGGCUGUCUCUGUUACACAGGAGUAUGCAAUCUCCUGUGGCUACCUAAAAGGUUUCUGGGGUUUUUAGAGUUGCUAAAUAUAUUCCAUUAAUGGAAGUAUACUUUAGGUUACACAUUCAUGUUUUUACUAGAAGUAGCGUACUAGAGCUCUAAGUACAAUCCUGUUGAGAUACUGAGCUAUGGCUCAUCUUUUAUAUUUCUUUUCUCAAUGUCAGAAUUACAGGAUCCAUUUAUAAACAUGUUUCUUGUAAAGAGAAAAAGAGCAUUUUCAGAACUGUAACUAUAAAAAGAUUGAGCUCUUCAGAGAUAAAGGGAUGUCUUUUUCUACUACAUUUUAUUUUAGAUUAAUUAAACAAAAGAUUGGGCAAAAUCCUGGGAUGUUUUAUUGGCUCACAAAUAUAUAUAUAUAGAAUUUUUUUAGGUUGUGUUACUGGCCUGAACUUUUGUAAAUUAAUUCAGAGAUCUCUAAUGGCCAGUUUGGUGCCAGGAGCAGGUCUAGAAAAAUAUUUGAUGAGGGGAUGACACAUAUAAAUAAGACAUCUUAGCAGAAGCAGGGUUUAGAUUCUAGGAAAUAAUAAACUGAUUAUUACAACUAAUGUGAUCAGCUAAUGUAAUGUGUGCACAGAUACAUACUUCACUGAUAAUGGGAAAAACUUGCUUUAGUUAUUUCUGCAGUUUUAUCAGUGUUUCUUCAGCAUUGUUGGCCAUUUAACAGCACAGUCAUUGCAUCUGCAGGUUUAAUAAAUUUUACAUCCUCUUGAACUGUAUAAAUGUAUAAAUGCAUGUGUAAAAGGCUGAAUGUGGUUUGUACUGUGCUGCUUUAAGUAAUCAUCACAAGAAAUGCCUCUAGAUGCAGUCCAUUUAUCAUCUGGUACUGUUAAGUACAGACAGUUUAACACCCCAACUUAGCAUAGCAUUUCUAUCAGUAGAUUUUAAUUAAGUGGGCAAACUGAUUUCAAACUGGUUAAGGUUUUAAGAAGCCAUUUAAUCUGUUGUGAUAAAGGUUUAUUUGUGUCUUCUGAUGAGAUAUGGUCGAGGUUCACCUUCUAAAAAUCCCUUUUGACAAUUGUUUUUUAAGUUUGUUAUUGUUUCGGUUUGAAUGGGGGUGUGGUUCUUUAAUGUAUACAUACAUAAAAGCUGAAGUUUUUUUAUAGUUAUUGUUUGAGCAUUGAAUAAACUUUUAAAAAUGAA